GUCGUCGUCGUUGUCGUCGUCGUUGUUGUCGUUACCGUCGUUGUCACCUGCCUUAUAUUUCAAGUGCUGACGCGAGGUUAUAAAAGAGAAGGACGUACACGCCAGCGCAUUCGACGAUUUUCAAGGAACACCAGCGAAACGAAAAUUGGAAAGAAUCGGAGAAAUUUCAAAAUCAAAUGCUGAUUUCUCCAAAUGAUUAAGAGCUCGGGCACAUCACUCUGACCGAUCUCUUUGAAAAAUUUGCAAUGGCAGAUUUUGAGCUCGGCGAUCUCAUCGGCGAUCAAAUCGAGAAAGUCCUUCAAUUUCAGGAUUUAACGGGUAUCGAAGACUUAUCAGUCUGCAGAGAUGUUCUGUUACGACACAACUGGAAUUUGGAAGUGGCUGUACAGGAACAGCUAAAUCUGUAUGAAGGCAGACCGUCGAUGUAUGCACAAGACACAAGAGUAAGACCUCCACCAGUUGUUGAUGAAACUAGUUCCAGAAUUUAUUUCAGUCCAACAGGAAGUUCAGGGAACGGUGGAUUUUUUUCUUACAUGUUGUCAUUCUGCUACAAUAUUGUCACCAGUAUUUUUAAACUUCUUUUUGCAAUAUUUAGGAGAAAUAUCAGACCUGUUUCCUUGGAUCCUAUCCAAGACGUGAUGAAUUUUAUAAAAGCUUACGAAGAUCAGUAUGGUUUAAAUCAUCCUGUAUUUUAUCAAGGUUCUUAUGGCCAAGCCCUUUCGGAUGCUAAACAAGAAUUAAGAUUCCUUUUAGUAUAUCUUCAUAAAGAUGAAAAUCAGGAAGUCGACGAAUGGUGCAGAAAUACUUUGGCAGAUCCUGAAGUAGUUCGGUUUGUAAAUACUCACACGCUAUUUUGGGCGUGUAAUAUAAAGUCUGGUGAAGGUUAUAAAGUAGCGGGAGCUUUUAAGUCUGGUACUUAUCCAUUUUUGGCACUUAUUGUAUUAAAAGACAAUAGAAUGACAAUAGUUGGAAGAAUGGAAGGCAUACCCUCGCCAUCGGAAUUGACAGCGCGACUGCAGACGAUCAUUGAGAGCAAUGAAAUAAACUUGAUCCAAGCUCGCCAGGAUCGGGCGGAGCGCAGCGCUACGCAAUCGCUGAGGUUGCUUCAAGACAUCGCGUACGAGGAGUCGUUACGCGCUGACCAAGCGAAAGACCGCCGUCGCGAGGAGGAGCGACUUGCCCGCGAAGCCGAGGAGGCUAGGGAGCGCGAGCAGCUUAAUGCCCAGGAGUUGGAGAUUGAGCGCAUCAAAAUCGAAAAGGUACUCAUGACCGAGAAGAUACCCGUGGAGCCAGAGCCUAAUAACCCUCACGUCUGCCACUUGCAAAUUAAACUUGGGGAGAGAACUGUUAAGCGGCGCUUCUUACUUUCUGACAACAUCGAGGAUGUUUAUCAUUGGAUAUUUAGUCAGCCAGAUUCACCUGCAAAAUUCGAAAUAACAACCAGUUAUCCCAGAAGAAUUUUGUAUCCUACUGUUGAAAUUCUGACUUUGUUAAAUGCUGGACUGACUUCUAGAGAAGUUCUUCACAUCAACGAUUUAGAUGAUUAAACUUAUUGAAAAUGCAAAAGCACCGCGUAUCAUUCCAAAAGGAACGAUACCAAUUGAAAGAGACUUUUAUAUAUCACACAAGAAUCGAUUAUAUGUUUAUAAUGCAUGUACGCAUAUAUAAAAGUAUAAAUACAUCACAUACAUAUUUA